AUGCAAUCAGGUUCAAGUCAGUUCAGCUACUACUUUCAGCAGCAACAGCAGUCAGUCCCAUUUGGACAAAAGAUUGACAUUGCUCUUCAGCUCACUCAUCUCUCACCAUAUACAAAGAGUGUAUUGGUAAAGGUGUACACGACACUCUCAUUCUGUGUCGCCUCUGCCUUUUUGGGAUGUCUCUUUAGCAUGUUCAUUUACCAACCAAACAUACUACUUCUGAUCGUUGCAGACAUUGCUGCACUCAUCUACUUUGCCACACGUCCAAUCCAACAGACAAUGAAUCGUUUCAGAGCUCUCAUGGUCGUUGGAUUCAUCGUUGGUAUCUCCCUCACACCAUUGGUCAACUACUCCAUCGACAUCGACCCAUCUGUUGUCGUAUCAGCCAUCACUACAACAGCAGCCGUAUUCCUCAGCUUCACCUUUUUCUCAUUGAUGUCUGACAAGAGAUCCUUCCUCUACUUUGGUGGCACUCUCACCUCCCUCUGUGUGGCACUCAUCUUUAUGACCUUGUCCCAGUUCUUCCUCCACAGCCAGUCUCUCGACAAGCUCAUCAUGUGUCUGUACGCCGUUGUGCUCACUGGAUUCCUUGUCUUUGACACUCAAUUCAUGAUCUACAGGAUUGAGAAUGGCAAUGAUGACUACAUCCUCCAUGCCUUUGGUCUCUUCAUGGACCUGAUUGACAUCUUCCGUUUCAUUCUUAGGAUUCUGGCCGAGAACAAGAAGAAGGAGAAGAAGGACAGAAACUAA